UCUGGGUACCGGUCUGCAGUCUGGUAACACUGUUCCAGGGGCAGAUAGAAAUGAUUGAAAGAAGCUUCGAUCCGUAGUGUUAAAUUAUCAUAGGACUACCCGAAACCUUGGCUUUGCUCUUGCCCUUUUUUAAAAUAAUAAUUCUUCUUUCCUUGGGAACAUAAUUAUCGAAGUGCAGAUAGAAACGUUACUAGAAUAUUACAAUUUACGUAUGUACGUGCAUCUUGGUCGUGAACGACGAUCACCACGAGUGUAUGUAAUUUUCAAAAUAUCUGAAAACAAACGUUCGUUGACCUCGAUCACAAGGAACAAAAUUGAUGGAGGAAAUAAUGGACAUUGUGAAAGUCGAGGACACAGUGUUAAUGACAAGUACAACGUUAGAAAAUUUAUUUGAUCCACAUAAUGUUCAAGAUGCUAUUAUAAUGUCCACUGAACCAGAGUCCAGUGAUAUGAAAGUUAUUGCUCAAAGUGAUCAAAUUAUACAAAUUGUAACAGAUUAUGAGUGUGUAACAUGCCAUCGUGUCUUUCAAUCUCAGGAUAUGUUAAAGGAACAUUUAGAUGUGUGUAGAGACGAUAACUCUAUCAGUUUUUUACAACUGAAUCAUAUAGAGAAUUAUCAAAUUGAUGAAGAUGAAAAAGAUGACAAUUCAAUUUCCACUGUUGAUCAUAAUACAAAAGAUUCUAGUUCGAGUCGUCGGAAAGAUAACAAUUAUAAACCAUUAAUUUUGCCUGUAUCUGAUACCCGAUGCCAUUGUUGCAAUGAACAUUUAACUACUGCACACAGUGGCGGCAAAUAUAAGUGUUCAAAUUGUGAACUUACGUUCAAGAAAAAGUCAUCUUUAGAAAGACACAUUGUUGUAAUUCAUUGGCAGUGUCGUUCCUGUUUUUGCAAGGAAUGCGGGGAAACAUUUAACGACAAGAAAUCAUUGAAUAAACAUCGUUAUACCACUCAUGCUGAUCAAAAAAUUUACAAGUGCGAACCCUGUGAUACUUAUUUUUCUCGAAGCUAUCAUUUAAAUCGUCACAUAAUGCAGUCUGGUUGUCAUGGCAACAUUCUUAAUACAUUUAACUGUCAAGUUUGUGAAAAAGUUUUCACGCGUAAGGACAAUUUACGUGAACAUUUACGUACGCAUUCGGGAACCCUAGGUAGACAAAAGAAGCCUUGUAAAUAUUGCCCUAAGGAAUUCCUUACUAGCCAACAAUUGUUAAUUCACGAACGUAUACACACGGGAGAGAGGCCGGUUCAAUGUGACUUAUGCCCAAAGACAUUUUUAUCAUCUCUCGCGUUAAAGAAGCAUAGGCGCGUGCAUACGGGGGAAAAACCAUUUGGAUGCAAAUAUUGUGAAAAGAAGUUUGCUGCGAGAGAAACUUUAAAUCGUCAUCAGAGAACUCAUACUGGUGAAAAGCCACACGCUUGUCAGUAUUGUGGCAAAUCGUUUAUACAGGCAGCUCAAUUAAGAGAGCACACGUUUCACCAUACCGGUGAAAAUGGCUAUUAUUGCGACGUGUGCGGUAAAGCAUUUAAUCGGAAAGCUCGUUUGAAUAUCCAUAAAAAAUAUGUCCACGAAGGAGCAACCCCAUUCUCGUGUACAGCUUGCGAAAAGAGGUUCAUAAGGAAAGAAGAUCUUGUCAAACAUUCGUUACUUCAUGCGGGAGUUAAACCAUUUAAAUGCGAUAAAUGUGAAAAAGCAUUCUCCACGAAGUCUUCUUUGCAAGCUCAUUUGAAUACUCAUAGACGAGAACCACCGCAAUCGUGCGUCGAAUGCAAUAGAGUGUUCAUUCGUCAAGAUUGUUUAAUGAGGCACAUCAAAGCAAAACAUCGUGAAUUAUUGGAAGAUGUCGUGAACGAAGUGGAAAAAAAACAUUUGCAGUCGCAAAUGUAUUAUAUUGCUACAAUUGCCGCUGAGAAAACAAAAAACGGAGAAUCCAGUAGACUAUCCACCGACGAAUUACUAACAGCUAUAUCGGAUCUUUUAAAAAUAUUAAUUGACGAUGAUACCCUUCAGUUGUUUGGUUGGCCCGAUGCUCCUAUUCAAGAUAUUUUAGAAGCGGUAAUCAGAAGAUGUGGUCAUUUACCGUUAACGCCAAAAGCUGACUUACAUUUCACCGACCGAUUAAGAAAGAAUAUUCGACUUUUGUUUAGUGUUGUUAUAGAAGACGACGCGGUGAAAGCUCUCUUAACAACGAAGACUGUGGACGAUGUUAUUCUACAUGUUUUAGAACUUUCAAAAGAAUAUGCAUCAAGUUCGUAGCUGUACGAGGAGAAACAAAAUUCAUUAAUUUUCUAUUCAUGCAUGAAGUGUUCAUUUUUUUCUUUUUUUCAUUGGUAUUGGAAAACAUGGAAUAGUAUAAUUUUCGAACAGGAGAAGGGUUUCAACGAACAUGGAAGAACAAUACCAAUAAAAGUUGAAAAUACAUAGUAUAAUUUACUGCAUUAUUAUUGUUAUAAUGUACUAUAUAAUAUUACUAUUAUUAAAAACUUGCAUAUAAAUAUAGUACAUUGACUCGAUAAAUUUUUUAUUACGUUUAUUUUUCUGCUUGCAUUCGAAGUUAUAAAUUACACGCGUCUGAUUAAUUAUUAUCAUUAAACGUAAACACACUGUUCACUUG